CUCACAUUCUCUUUCUAUCUCUAUCUCCUUUCCGUUGACAGCAAUGGCCCUUAGGGUGCGACACCCUAACCUCUGUUCUCUCAUUCUUCUUUCCCUUUUGUGCAUCGCUUCCGCCAAGGUCUUCUUCGAGGACCGCUUCAAUGAUGGAUGGGAAAAUCGGUGGGUUACAUCUGAUUGGAAGAGAGAUGAGAACUUGGCUGGGGAGUGGAACUAUACAUCUGGUCAGUGGAAUGGAGACGCUAAUGACAAAGGUAUUCAAACCAGUGAAGAUUACAGAUUUUAUGCUAUUUCCGCUGAGUUCCCUGAAUUCAGCAACAAGGAUAAGACACUAGUCUUCCAAUUUUCUGUCAAGCAUGAACAGAAGCUUGACUGUGGUGGCGGCUACAUGAAGUUGCUUAGCGGGGAUGUUGAUCAGAAGAAAUUUGGAGGGGAUACUCCUUACAGUGUCAUGUUUGGCCCAGAUAUCUGUGGUUACAGUACCAAGAAAGUACAUGCUAUUCUGACCUACAAUGGCACAAACCACUUGAUAAAGAAGGAUGUUCCUUGUGAGACUGACCAACUAACUCAUGUUUAUACAUUUAUCCUACGUCCAGAUGCAACCUACAGCAUCCUGAUUGAUAACGAGGAGAAGCAAUCUGGUAGUCUCUACUCUGAUUGGGAUCUUCUCCCUCCAAAGAAAAUAAAGGACCCAGAUGCUAAAAAACCUGAAGAUUGGGAUGACAAAGAAUAUAUUCCUGAUCCCGAGGAUAAAAAACCAGAGGGGUAUGAUGACAUCCCAAAAGAGAUCCCAGAUACCGAUGCCAAGAAGCCUGAAGACUGGGAUGAUGAGGAAGAUGGUGAGUGGACACCACCUACCAUUGCCAACCCUGAGUACAAGGGCCCAUGGAAGCCGAAGAAAAUUAAGAACCCCAACUACAAAGGAAAGUGGAAGGCACCACAGAUUGACAACCCAGAUUUCAAGGAUGACCCCGACCUCUACGUUUUCCCCAACUUGAAAUACGUGGGCAUUGAAUUGUGGCAGGUCAAAUCUGGUACCUUGUUUGACAAUGUCUUAAUUACCGAUGAUCCUGAAUAUGCUAAGCAACUGGCUGAAGAAACUUGGGGCAAGCACAAGGAUGCUGAGAAGGCAGCAUUUGAAGAGGCCGAGAAGAAGAGGGAAGAGGAGGAAUCGAAGGAUGAUCCAGCUGACUCCGAUGCUGAGGAAGACGAGGAAGAUGCUGAUGAAACUGGCAAUGACUCUGAUGCUGAGUCAAAGGCGGAAGCUGGCAAUGACUCCGAUGAAACCAAGGAAGAUGGUGUACAUGAUGAGCUCUAGGGAGUUUGCGAAGCGCAUAAGGAGUGAGUGAAAAUUCUGGAGAGGGAACUUAUAUCUUUUUUAGUGGGUAGUGUUUUUCUUUUAGAUAAGUAAACCGUGGAAAACUGCAAGAAAAAGCUCGAGCUUUUUCCUUCCAAGCCCAUUUGACUAUUUCAGCUGAUUAGAACAGAUUAAAAUGUCUCUAUUGGAUUGAUCUUUUAUGUUUUGGUCAAUUGAGUUUCCAAUUAUGAAGCCGCUUCAAUCUAAUUAAUUGCAAAAGGAUUUUCUUUG